UCUGUGUUUCACUACAACCAAAUUUUCCGAUGGCUACUUUAUCAGAUGGUUCAACUUUUCCGUCGGCUAGCCCUCCUGAGGUGCCGCCCUCCAGCCCUCCUGCGGUGCCGCCCUCCAGUCCUCCUGAGGUGCCAUCUAUAUCUUACCAUGGAAAAGUUGGCCUUCUGCCUUCUGAUGACGAGCACCGUGGCUGUGAGGGCCCUGAUGUGUCCCAUGCGCUGCAGCUGCCAGAGGUUGUCCCCAUCUUUCACCAUUCUCUGCACCAAGAACGGGCUGCUCUUUGUUCCUCCUGCCAUUGACCGACGGACAGCAGAACUCCGACUGAUGGAUAAUUUCAUCACGACUUUGCGAAGGAAGGAUUUUGCAAAUAUGACGGACCUGAUCCAUUUAACACUGUCACGAAACACAAUCAGUCAUAUUAUGCCUUAUGCAUUUUUUGAUCUCAAAGGUCUUCAUGCAUUACACCUGGAUAGUAACCGACUCACCUAUAUUGAUGAGGAUCACUUCAAAGGGUUGAUCAACCUUCGCCACUUAAUUCUCAGUAACAACCAGUUACAUUAUAUUUCAUCUGGAUCUUUUGAUGAUUUCAUUGACAUAAUCGAGGAUCUGGAUCUAUCCUAUAAUAAUCUUGUUAAGGUCCCCUGGGAAACUGUUGGGAGGCUUUCAAAUGCCAAUACUAUUAGUUUGGAUCAUAACCUCAUAGAUUUUGUUCCUGAAGGCAUCUUCUCUGACCUUCACAAACUGGCUCGGCUGGACAUGACUUCUAAUCAGCUGAGGAAGAUCCCCCCCGACCCUCUUUUCUCCCGCAUCCCUGUCUAUGCCAAGCCCAAGGGCAUCCCUCUAUCUUCUCUGGUAUUGAGCUUUGGAGGGAACCCACUACACUGCAACUGUGAGCUAGUGUGGCUACGGCGCCUGACUAGGGAAGACGACCUGGAAACCUGUGCCUCCCCACCCGAGCUGAUGGGCAAGUAUUUCUGGUCUAUUAAGGAAGAGGAAUUUGUCUGUGAACCACCAAUGAUUACUCGCAGAACGGCAAAGCAAGUGAUCAUGGAAGGCCAGAGUGUUUCCUUGAAGUGUAGAGCAAUGGGUGAUCCAGAACCAUACAUGCGCUGGAUUUCACCAGGAGGAAAAUUGGUCUCCAACACUUCCCGAACAAAUUCCUAUGAGAAUGGGACUUUGGACAUUUUAGUGACUUCCAUGGAAGACCAAGGCACGUAUACUUGUAUAGCAUCCAAUGCUGCAGGGGAGUCCACUGCACCAGUUGAACUUCUGGUCAGCCCAUAUCCUCAUCUUGCUAACAGCACAAAUUCUGGCAAAGACGCAGAGACGGGUCCAUCAGAUAUUCUCAUCCCAGCCAAGUCCAGCUUCUCUAAUGAAACCAAAUCUCGCCAAGAGAGGAAAGUGGCCAUUGCUGAGCUGACCUCGUCCUCUGCCCUCAUCCAGUGGCAUUCGCAGCACCAUAUUCCUGGGAUGCGAAUGUUCCAGAUCCAGUACAACAGCUCUGCUGAUGACAUCCUGGUGUACAGGAUGAUCCCGGCUUCUAGCAAAUCUUUCUUCCUGACCGACCUGGUUGCUGGGCGGGACUAUGAUCUGUGUGUCCUUGCUGUUUAUGAUGAUGGUGUGACUUCUCUGACAGCGACCCUGGUGGUAGGGUGUGUGCAGUUCACCACGGAGGAGGCAUACCGGCAGUGUCAGUCCCUCCACGCACAGUUUCUUGGUGGAACCAUGAUUAUUAUCAUCGGAGGCAUCAUUGUGGCAUCUGUCCUUGUUUUUAUCUUCAUACUUCUGCUGAAAUACAAAGUUUACAUCAACCACCACAAAACCAAAAACCCUGAAGUGAAUAACGUUUGCUCUCAAACCAAUGGUAGUCAGAGUAACUCUCUGGUACAUUCCAGUUCCAAACUGGCUGAAUGGAUCCAGCAAGAACGUUCAAGCUCACCACUCAGAGGCAAAACUAUACUAGACUUUAACUACGAACGAGCAGCCUUUACAGAAGCGUCUGUUUUAAAAAACGAAGCCUUUCCGUAAUAGUUAUGCUGGUCCCAGGCAAGAAGCAGUAAAAAAUAACUCAUGUGGUUGUAUUUUAAGCUUCACUGUCUAUUUUUAAGAUCAGAUGGUUUUAAACACUAUUUUUUUAAUCUGUAAAAGUUCUUGCAUUCUUAACUAUUUUUGUUGCACUAUAUUAAAUAUAAACUGUG